GGGGGGCAUUGGGUGUUUUACUGUACAGAUCUCCGAAUCCUUCCGCAGUACCCAUAGAUUUCUGCGCAUCCCGCAACGCCUUCGGAGCUGGUUUGACCCUCGGCGUCUGCCGUCGGCAGCCGCCUGCCAGCUGUCGGCGCCUUUGUGCGGCGGCGGAAGGGGCGCGGGGCCGAGGGCGGCGGGCGCAGGGCCGGAGCCGCGGACAGUGUUUCAGCCAUGUCUGACAAAAGUGAGCUGAAGGCGGAGUUGGAGCGCAAGAAGCAACGAUUGGCUCAAAUCAGAGAGGAGAAGAAGAGAAAGGAGGAAGAAAGAAAGAAGAAAGAAACUGACCAGAAGAAAGAAGCUCUUCCAGUACAAGAAGAAUCUGAUCUUGAAAAGAAGAGAAGAGAAGCUGAAGCAUUACUUCAGAGCAUGGGGUUGACACCUGAGUCUCCUGUUGUCCCUCCUCCUACCUCUCCGUCUUCCAAAUCUGUGAGUACGCCAAGUGAGGCUGGGAGCCAGGACUCCGGGGAUGGUGCUGUUGGAUCUAGACGUGGACCUGUUAAACUUGGAAUGGCCAAAAUUACACAAGUUGACUUUCCGCCUCGAGAAAUUGUUACCUACACAAAGGAGACACAAACACCUGUUAUGACUCAGCCCAAGGAAGAUGAGGAAGAGGAAGAUGAUGUGGUUGCACCAAAACCAUUAGUUGAACCUGAGGAAGAAAAAACAUUAAAAAAAGAGGAGGAGGAAGAAGCUGCCCCUCAUGAGCUCACAGAGGAGGAAAAGCAACAAAUUUUGCAUUCGGAAGAAUUUUUAAGUUUUUUUGACCACUCCACAAGGAUUGUUGAAAGAGCCCUUUCUGAGCAAAUCAACAUUUUCUUUGACUACAGUGGAAGAGACUUAGAGGACAAAGAAGGAGAGAUUCAAGCAGGAGCAAAACUGUCCUUAAACAGGCAGUUUUUUGAUGAACGUUGGUCAAAGCAUCGUGUUGUCAGUUGUCUGGACUGGUCAUCUCAGUAUCCAGAAUUACUUGUAGCCUCUUACAACAACAAUGAGGAUGCGCCUCAUGAGCCUGAUGGGGUGGCCCUUGUAUGGAAUAUGAAGUACAAGAAAACUACUCCAGAGUAUGUCUUUCACUGCCAGUCGGCAGUGAUGUCAGCUACAUUUGCAAAAUUUCAUCCCAAUCUGGUGGUUGGUGGCACAUACUCGGGCCAGAUAGUGCUGUGGGAUAAUCGCAGCAAUAAGAGAACCCCGGUGCAGAGAACGCCACUUUCAGCUGCUGCUCACACGCACCCAGUGUACUGUGUAAAUGUUGUUGGGACCCAGAAUGCUCAUAAUUUGAUUAGUAUCUCAACUGAUGGGAAAAUAUGCUCUUGGAGUCUGGAUAUGCUUUCCCAACCACAGGAUAGCAUGGAGCUGGUUCACAAACAGUCCAAGGCUGUAGCUGUUACCUGCAUGUCUUUCCCUAUUGGAGAUGUCAACAACUUUGUUGUUGGCAGUGAAGAAGGCUCAGUGUACACUGCAUGCCGUCAUGGCAGCAAAGCUGGAAUCAGUGAGAUGUUUGAAGGACACCAGGGACCAAUCACUGGUAUCAACUGCCAUGCAGCAGUUGGACCUGUAGACUUCUCACAUCUUUUUGUCACCUCUUCUUUUGACUGGACAGUAAAGCUUUGGACAACGAAGAAUAACAAACCUCUCUACUCCUUUGAAGAUAAUUCGGAUUAUGUUUAUGAUGUGAUGUGGUCUCCAACUCACCCUGCCUUGUUUGCCUGUGUGGAUGGGAUGGGCAGGCUUGACCUGUGGAAUCUCAACAAUGAUACUGAGGUGCCCACUGCAAGCAUCACCGUGGAGGGUAAUCCUGCUCUGAACCGUGUGAGAUGGACACAUUCUGGGAGAGAGAUUGCUGUAGGUGAUUCAGAGGGACAAAUAGUUAUAUAUGACGUGGGAGAGCAAAUCGCUGUUCCUCGCGGGGACGAGUGGACCCGGUUUGGCCGAACGCUGGCAGAAAUCAACGCCAACAGAGCUGACGCAGAGGAGGAGGCUGCGACCCGCAUCCCGGCAUAGAGCCCUCCAAACAGGCUGCAGGGCUGCACUUGGCAAUGACUGGAUGCAAAUCCUAGUGUGUCAGUUCUAAUCAUAGCUUAGGGGAGGAAUAUAUGGAUUCAACAAUGGACUUUGAAAUGUAUUAAGAUUACUGAAAAUCAGAUCUUGCGUUGUCAUGUUUUAUAUAAAUUGCAAGCACAUUCUGGAUUUGUGGAACUUUUAAUACAGUUAACUUUGACUUUGCAAGGAUCUUCUUUUGCUGAAACACUAACCUGGCAUAAAUUUGCUACUUGGUUUCUGUAAAGUCCAAUCUGAAACAGUAUCUUUUUGAAAAGUAAAAGUUCUGCUCCUAAAACUUUUUCUGUAUUACAGACUAACCUUCAUUAGGUAGAAAAUCUCUGAAUCAUUCUUUAAUUUGAACUCUUCACAUUACCCAUCAUAUGCAUGCAUAUGUUCUGAGUUUCAUUGUUUAUAUAUAGAUAAGCCUCAGACUCUGGUAGUGGGUAAUAUAUGUGAAUAAAAAUUUGUCUGUAGUUACAAACUUACGUGAUAACCAGACCUGAAUUAAUGAAUACAUAUUUAAUACCAAUUUCCUUUUGUUUGAACUGAUGCAUUAAAAGGUGAGACUGAUUGAUAAAUAAAUACUAUACAAGCACUUGUCAGCUGCCCUGACCACUAAUCUGUGUAAAGUUUCUGGGAGCUGAUCCUUUUGUUUUGCUGCACACAUCACAGGCUUGUUCUCUACCCCCAACCACCCCUUACUGCCAUGGCAAUUGGCCAAUAGCAAAAAGGCUCCUGUUAUCAAAUUUCUCUUUUCCAAAGGAUAAGGAACUAGACUUUAAGUUAAUUUCUAUAGCAUGAUGAUUCUUAUUCUGUUAACUACAGACUUGCUACUAAUUUUCUGUACUAAGAUUUUUAUUAUUCUUUUUUAACACUGAACAUUGAAACAAAAUUUCUUAAUGGUUUGAAACAGAAAUGUCAGACUUUCUGUUAAAGGUUACUUUUUUCUUUCUUAGCAUAUUAUAAUGUUUUCUCUCAAGAUGGGUUGCAGAGGGGCUGUUUCUUUUGGGUUGGUUGAUUUUUUUUUUUUUAAUAAAUACUGCGAGUUUUCCUAAUUAGACACUAAAUCGGUUUUGUGGUAUUUAACUUAGGACUACAUUUGUUCUUAAUAUGUUACAAGCUCAUUGUUUUGCCAGAAGAGCUAGUUUUAUAUGCUUAAAAAUAGGAAAUAGGUUUAUAUUCCUUAAUUACUUUCAUGUCCAGUAAUGUCAUUGUUUCUUUGCUGUUAAACUUUUCUGUUUAGUUUUGAGGGUUUUUUUCCUCUUUCUCCUUGCCUUAGUUCUGUUAUUAUGAGCAGCUUGUAGAGACACAGCAGUUCUGUCUCAGAAAGUUUUCUUUGUUGGCAGGUCUGGAAGUGAAAUGUGUUUAGGCUUCCAUUGGUGGAAGUGUGUGUCCCUCCCUUUUGAAUGCAGCCAUGCUGCUUGGUUUGCAGGCAUUUAUCCUGUGUGUUCUGCUCAACCCUACAACAGCAGCAGGUGAACAGUGUAAGAACAGGCACAUCAUGAGAUGGUUUGUACCUUGAACCAAAAGAAUUCUUAACAAGCACAAGGUCUCUUGGUUUGAUGGUUUUGGAGGGAGGGGGUGCUUGGGUUUUUGGCUGGUUGUUCUUGUGGGGUUUUUUAUUGACAUUACUUUUCAUUGAGUAAUACAUUUCCCUCGCACUUUUAUUUUCAGAAAUCCAGUAGAUAAGGCUUUCUUUCACACACAUGCAGGUCAUAGGCAUUAGUUUUGUGUAGUUCUAACCUUCUAAUAAUUUUCAGUUACUAAAUUUAAUGCUACUUAAUCUUAAUUCCUGCUUGUGGUCUUGUGGUCCUCCCUCACAGAAUAGUUAACUACAAACUAAAAAUGUUGUAAAAGCCAUACCUGCAAUCUUGAGACCAAAAGUGAUGCUAGAUGCUGUAAAUGAGGAUUCUGGGAGCCAAACAAUCCAGUUUUGGAGCUGCAAGAAAUACAAAUGCUGUGUGCAGUGUCAAGUCUCCUAAGGCCUUGAUCCUAAGGCAGUCACCAAGCUGUGAUUAAGACUAAAUGCCGUUUUUAUCACUAUUUCAAAAAGUGCAAGACAAAUUUCAUAGAUACAGGGGAGUUCCCAGAAGCCUGUCUCUAUCCAGAAACAGUACAGAACAAGAAAUUCCUUAAACACAAUACAACAAAUAAAGAAGGAAGCCUUCUAUCUAA